AUGGAUGCUGAAUUGCAGGCAAACAUAAAAAAGACAGCUGAAUACGUUAGACAACAUGGCAGGGAGUUAGAGGACAGACUCUUAAGAGAAUCUGAAGAUAAGUUUUCUUUUCUAAACAAUCAGGAUGUGAACCAUAGUUACUAUUUGUCAAUAUUAGAUGGCGAAGCUAACAUCAUCCCAAAAUCAAAUGGAAUAGAAUCUGCUAAUGCUGUUCCUGAAGAACCGUUACCAUUCAUUUUUAUAAACAAUAAUGACGACCAUUCAAUACCAAGUACGGAUCUUGAAAUUAUAAAGAGGACAGCAGAGUUUGUAGUUACCCUUGGUGGAGAGGAUGGUAUAACAGCUGACGGCAUUCAAGAGAAUGCUAUCAGUCUGAUCCGAGAUAAAUUUGGUAAUAGUGAAACAUUCAAAUUUCUAGAACAUGAUCAUAUUUUGUACCAGGUAUUUAUUAGAUUUGUGAAUAGAUAUGAUCAGAUUGUACGUAAUAAAAGGAAGCGUGUUCUUCCACAGCAUAAACUGUUAGAACAAUGUUUUAAGAGGGCUACGUAUAAUGAAUAUUCUAGCCUCAUCGCAACAAGUAAUGAUAUUUUACAAAAAUCUUUUAAGAUACGAUUCGCGGCAAUCAAAUGGUUGAACUUUAUAAACAAUGACAAAUGUAUUGUGAAAUUGGAUCCGCCAGUCAAAGGACAGGAAGUCGACGAUAAUGAACCAACACUUUUCAAAACACCAUUGAAUUUUGAAGAGCUUGCUCAGAAAAAUAUAUCAAAAGAGUUAACCAAAAAGGCCCUUAAUGAGUAUUUCUCAAAACCCAAAGAUACGGCAAUUAAUGAAGAAACAAAAGACACUAAUAUAACUAAUGAACCUACUAAGAAACGUAAAAACAAGAUCAUCAAAGAAGCUGGUGAAACAAGAAUGAAGAGAAAAAAGAGAAAAUGA